GCCAACCAUAACUCAUGAUGGACGACGGCAUCACUGAUGGCGCCGACUUGCGGCACCUCCUGCGGCAAUAUGUGGACACCCUUGUGAAGGCAGCGCAGCCUCCUCCACCUGCAUCGAUGCCACAACCAUAUCUCGCAUCAUUCGCCACCGUCGCCUUGGAACAGAGACGUCCACCGCUUGAAGACUCUUGCGCAACGACACUCCGCGCAAUCCUCCGACGCCAUGCAGAUGACGUUGUCGUCCGUGGCUGUGUUCUUGCAUCUAGUCGUCAGGUCCAGAUCCGUAGCAUUGGCUUCCACCGAGGAAAGUACCACGGCUCGACGCUGAAUGUCGCCGCGGUUCCGUUCUACCCCCUCCCCAUCGCAUCUCUCGAGAACGUUUCCCCGCAUUCAGUUUUGAACUUGACGGUUCAAAUCGACACACCCACACAGGACGUUGAGCUUGUACCGACGGACAUGCUGCUUCCUUUCACAUUUUGGGAUUCAUUACAGCCUUGGACGCCGGGGUGCGCGUUCGGAGGGUUCACGUUCUCACCGACUCCGCCGUCGCGAUUCUCCCCCGCCCCAUCUCCGUCCAUCAACCACCUCUUAAAGCAAGAUCGGUCCGCCACCAACAUAUACGCUGUGGACGGCAUGCUCUUCACGUACAGCGCGCCAUCCGUGACGUCAUACAUCGUGCGGCCGAAAUUGCACCAAGACGAGUCGCUGUCGUACCGUGCAUUGAGCAAGCAGCAGAUGCAGCAGUGGGCCGCCGACAAGCGAACCCAAGCGGCGGCCUUGCAUCGCCAAGGUAAACAAAGUGACGCCGUCGCGGCUUAUACGACCGCAAUCGACAUGGACAAGGACGACGUCGAGGCUUACGUGGGGCGUGGGAGGCUCUUCGUCGAGAUGCAGCGCAUGGACGAAGCGCGGCAGGACGUGGAGGCGGCGUUGAAGUUGCACCCGUUGCAUGAAGCGGCCGUCGAGUUGCAGCACAAGUUGCUCCAUCAUGCAUCGUCGUCAUCGUCGAUGGAGGAUGCGAUGUUGGCGAGGAUGAAGGGCGAUGAAGGAGGAAGCGGCGGCGUCGCGUCGUCCAAACACCCGGAUCGAUUGCGCGCGCUUUUGGAAAUGGAUAUCCAGUCCCACGCCAAGGAAAAAAAGAAAGACAAAAAAGAGCACAAGAAAAAAGAAAAAAAGAAACACAAAAAAAGAAGCCGGUCCCACGACAACCGGAGUAGUAGCAGCAGCAGCGCGCGAAAAAAAUCACGAUGAAAAAAAAAGAGAACAAUUUUUUUGUUUCA